GAUGGAUAGUGUCUCAGACGACUUAACUGCAGCGGUGCAGAGUAUCGGCUCUUUUUUUCAACAAUUUAUUAACCUGCUUCGGCUAGACAACGCGCAAUGCGAUUUAUCUUCGCGGCCGUAUAAACAAUGCUGGAAAUAGAUAUAUGAAUUGCGGUAGUGCGGCAUUAAUGUGGAGCGUAUAUGGGAUCGGAUUGAUGCGCGUGACGAGGGUAUAAUGGUUGAAUGUCCGCGUCGUGAAGUCAUUGUGUGCGCAGCUGAGCUUGCGUGAGAUGUAUAUAGGAUCAUGUUUAAUCUCAUCAUCAGAAAAAUGUUUUACUUUUCAGACCAUCGUUAUUGGUUCAUGAUUUUCUUGAGGAUUAAAUGAUUAUUUAAUCAUGGCAUUGGCAAUUCAAGGCCUACAUGAGUGCUGUGCUUGCAUUAUUUUUGCGACGUUAACAAAUUUGAAUAUUCGAUCUAUGUAAACAUACUUAUAUCGGAUGAUUUUAUCAUGUCAUGUCUUGUCAAAAUGGAAAAGCUGCAGUCUCUGUAUAAAAUGUGAUAUCUUGAUUUAAUGUACAUACUUGGAUUCCCGUUUAAUACACAGUAGUAUAUAAGGCGAGAUUGUACGGACGCGCAACAAAUGUAUUGACGCAUAAAUUAUCAUUACACAAAACAGAUAUAGAUUUUGUCUAUUUCUAUUAUAGUUUGUUCACUCUGCCACAGGGCGCAUCAUUCAAAAGCACAUUAUAUUUAGUGCAAUGCAUAUUACACACACACACACACACACACACACACACACGCAUACAUACAUACAUACACACACAUAUAUAUAUAUAUAUAUAUAAUUAUGUUUCUUUAAAUUUCCAUCCAAAGCUGCAGACAAAGAUUCUGUAUAUAUCAUCAUUUUUUAUCCAAAAUUUCAACGACGGUAUCGUGCAGCUUUUGAAAAAUAAAUUCGAUAUGCAUCAACAACUAAAAUAUUUCUUUGAAAUAUAAUUCGCUUGGAUUACAGACGAUAUAUUAUACACGUUUAAUUUUCUUACAUUCUACAUAAAUGCAUGUCAUUGAAAUAACCGCUCUAAACGUAUACAUAGUAUGCGGAAAAUGUCAGCGCACCAUUAUUCGCGUCAUAAUAUCUUUAACAACUUUCCAGAAAAAGAAGUGUCUCGAUAACUCGCUCGGUUAUCGUUUCUGCAUAUUAUUUUUCUGCGAUAACGCACUGGCCGCGCGCGGGACACAUCAUAUACGAAGCGCAAAAAAAGAACAAAGAGCGAGAAAAUUGUUAUCAGUCCGACGCCCGGAAAAAUCCCGCCAGCACACAUCCUCCUUUGCAUAUAUUUAUAUACUUAUUUACUCGCCACGCGACUAACUGGACCGCCGAGCAAACACAGAAGUUAUCCCACCCAUAUAGAUAUAUACUUAUAUGCUUAUGUAUGUUCAUAUUCUCCGCACACACAGGUAGAAUGUCAACAAGCCCGCUGCAGUAGUAACAGCCGGUUCGGAUCGAACAUCAACAAAGCGCAGACGACGCCCUGCAGGCUAAGAUUAGGUUGGGCUGCACAUCAGGCCAUCAGCUGCUGGAGCCAAGAGCAGCGAGGUUAUGUUCGGUUCUGCUGCUAUAAUUAUAUAGGAUUUCUCUCUCCGGGUGUAUGUUAUGUACACAUUUUGCGCGACGCGCAUGUGGUCAUGCGACUUUCCAAGUCUGCGCCGACGACGACGAGGAAGAGAUGGAGGGGAACGCGGAUCGAUCGGCUUAUACUGGUAUACGCCGUACGGCUGGAAGUAAGUACUGCUCUCGUACUUUCAUGCGGCUGAGUAAAAGGUAAUACACAGCCCCAUUCCUGCUAAGCUUUGUCAUCGGCAUCGGUACAUGUGAUUUGAUGCACAACACACAGUGGGAGGGAGAGGAGUGAAUGGCACCUUCUUCAAUUCCUAUAAUGGAACCAAGGCUGGUAGACUGUGCUGAGGAAUCAUACGUUAUCAGGAAUAUACUACUCUACACCUUGCAGAUAAGAGUUCAUUUGAUCAGUAACACUCCUGCUGUUGUGUGCUGAGAUUUUAAGAUGGGUAUCGAGCCAACAGCACUUGAGCCACAUUUUGAUAUUUUCAUCAACGAGAAUGAAAUAAUUAGUGGUGCUAAAGAAAUUGUAAAACGCUUGAGGCCUUCAUGGUCCAGUGAGCAAUUGUCACACAAGUUUUUCACCAAUGGCAUUUCCAAUAAACUGGUGGGAAUUUGGCAUGGAGAUGCUUACAAUAAAAUGGUACUAAUUAGGGUAUAUGGAUACAAAACGGAUCUUUUAAUUGAUAGAAAAGCAGAGAUCAGAAACAUAAGGAUAUUGCACAGUGCAGGACACACACAUUCCCUUUAUGCUACUUUUAAUAAUGGCCUUGCUUAUGAGUUUCUUGAAGGUGAUACGCUGACAGUAGAUACUAUUAGGAAACCAGAAGUAUAUAAAUUAGUGGCCAAACGCAUGGCCGAGAUGCAUUUAUUAAGGCCAUCAUCCCAUGAAUUGAAUCAAGAUGAGCCUAUGAUUUGGCAUAAAACUGAGAAAUUUAUGCGCAUUAUGCCAACCAAUUUUGCCAAUCAAGAUAAACAAAUGAAAUUUGAAAAAUUGAUUAAGCCUCACUCCACUUUGUUACAUGAGUAUCAAAUGUUAAAAGAAAAUCUUUCUAAAAUUAAUUCUCCUGUAGUAUUCUGUCAUAAUGACUUACUACUGGGAAAUAUAUUGCAUAAACGUGAAGAGAAGAAAGUGACUUUCAUAGAUUUUGAAUAUGCAGAAUUUAAUUAUCAAGCAUUUGACAUAGCAAAUCAUUUUGCAGAGUUUGCUGGAGUAGACGAUCCAGAUUAUUCCUUGUAUCCUGAUGAAGAUUUACAAAAGUCGUGGUUAAGGAUUUACCUUGAAAAUUAUAGAAAUACUACUGAGAUAUCAGAAGAAGAUAUCAUAGAAUUAUUCAAACAUGUCAACCAGUUUGUACUUAUGACGCACUUCUUUUGGGGCUGUUGGGCUCUUAUACAAAGUCAAUAUUCACUCAUCGACUUUGACUUUUUAGAGUACGCUGCUCUACGGUUUAAUGAAUAUUUUAGAAGAAAACAGUUGGUUUACUCAACUGAAAAUGGUAUUAGAAAUGUUUAAAAACCUUACACUAUAUUUUCAAAUUCGAAUCUUCCUUCGCCAAAGAUCUAUUGUAUUUUGUACAAAACGCAGUAGACAAUAAUUAUUUUUAUCAGGGUGCUAAAACGCGCAGGCGCGCUACAAGAGAAGAAUUGAUAAAAAUAUUUUGGAAGGUAUUUUGUAAAUAAAAGAGAAGUGAUGUGAUAGCUGUACCUGCAAUAUAAAAAAGUCAACAAAUUCUUCUAGUGUAAAAAUGUAUUAUAAUAUUAUUGCUGUAUCUGUUAUCUGCGUUUGUUAUUGGCAAGCAAUACAUACUUUUAUCUCUGAGUCAAGAAAUUAUAUGAAUUUUCUAUCAUGAUACUUUUUUUACUAUACCAAGGAAAUGUAAAGUGAUGAAUGUUAGUCUAUUUUCUAAAUACAGUUUUGAUUCUGUCAUUUUACGUAAACUUAUGUUCAAAGGCGCAAUACUCAAUUUUAAAAAAUGCUUUGAUGAAGAUAAAAUGUUAAAUUAUAUACUGAAAAGAUUAUAUUAUGUACAAACUGCUAAUAUUCUAUUCAUUGACGUUAAUGAAAAAAGUUGUGAAAUAAUAUAUGUCUACACGAGAUAAGCCGUUUUUUAAAAUGUACAUGUCGAUUUCUGUGUCAGUUAUUAAAAUAUUUAUUUUUCACGAAAAAAAA